ACAAUGAAAUGAUGAACGGCUGAACGCUAUCUGGUAGGGAAAACGUGUCGCCAAGGAUCUGUUCACCUACUUCUCUUUCUUUUCUUGCCCUUGAAUCGUCAAUCUCUUUCUACCCAAAUGAAAGAAUCGUCCAUCUCUCGAGUCUUCAGUCUCUUGACACCAAUCUGGCAUAGUCUUCAACCGAAAAGCCCACUCCACCAGCCGUGACUUCUCUGCCAUUUAUUCUUGCUCUCUGGGAAAUGCCGUACGGGGUUGAGUUGUGUUCUUCCUCUCUGGAAUGAGAAAGAGAAACACCAUCGAGUCUCUCGAUUAGUCCAUUGAGAUAGGUUUCGUCUGAAACUGCAUUUUGUGAACCAACACUUGUCUGUAAUGGCUUCUAAGGCUUUUGCUGUUUGGGGAUCUUAUGUUCCUCACGUGGGUAGGGGAGAUUCAGGCUCUAGGCGUCCUUGGUUUGCUUUGAAUUGGAAGAGAGACACUGAGAGGAGCUGUAAAUUGAGGUGUUUUGGUGUUUCCGGAGAUUUGUCUGCUCUUCUGGCUACAGAGCCUACUGAAGAAGAGAAUCGGGCGUUGCCAACGGUUGAAUUACAGCGGUUGAUUGAUCAGUAUGAAAAUAAUGAGCCUAGAAGAUCACAAAAGGAUAUGAACUCUCUUCCAAGACCAUUAUCUGGAACCAAUCUUUCCUCUUCAGCAAACGAUGGCUCGGAGGUGCGCGUAGCAUAUCAGGGGGUACCAGGUGCAUAUAGUCAGGCUGCUGCCCUCAAAGCAUAUCCCCAGUGUGAGACUGUUCCUUGUGAUCAGUUUGAAGAUGCAUUCAAGGCAGUUGAAUUAUGGCUGGUUGAUAAAGCGGUUCUCCCCAUUGAGAAUUCCUUAGGUGGGAGCAUCCAUCGUAAUUAUGAUUUACUUCUUUGCCAUAGGCUGCAUAUUGUGGGUGAGGUGCAGUUAGCUGUUAACCACUGCCUUCUGGGACUACCUGGUGUGAGAAAGGAGGAGCUAAAACGUGUUUUAAGCCAUCCCCAAGCGCUUGCUCAAUGUGAGAAUACAUUGAGCAAGUUGGGUGUUGUCAGAGAAAGUGUGGAUGAUACCGCUGGUGCUGCUCAGUUUGUAGCUGCAAGUGGCCUGACAGAUACUGGAGCGGUUGCAAGUGCUCAAGCUGCUGAGAUCUAUGGGCUUAACAAACUUGCAGAAAAAAUACAGGAUGAUCCUCAAAAUAUAACCCGUUUUCUGAUUCUGGCAAGGGAACCUAUAAUUCCUAGUACUGUCCGGCCCUUCAAGACAAGCAUUGUCUUCACCCUAGAAGAAGGCCCAGGAGUAAUAUUUAAAGCCUUGGCAGUCUUUGCUAUGCGGGAAAUUAAUUUGACAAAGAUUGAAAGCCGACCACAGAGAAAGCAGCCAUUGAGGGUCGUUGAUGACUCUAACACUGGGAGUGCCAAGUAUUUUGACUACCUUUUCUAUAUCGAUUUUGAAGCUUCAAUGGCAGAUCAUCGUGCGCAAAAUGCUUUGGGAAAUCUGCAGGUCUUUGUUUAUCAUUUCUGAUCUGUGGGGGAAAUUGUUAUCAUGCUUUUUACCUAUAAUUACAUCAAGUUGAUCUUUCCUUUUAAUUGAGCUGCUCUCUCUCUCUCUCUCCCUCUCUCAAAUUUUACAUUCUAAUGUUUACACUUUUCUAUGUGUUUGCUGUUACAAAUCAAUGUUGAAAAAGAUGCAUGGUGGUGUUGGAUUUGUUUUACACUGCAAAAGUAUUUUCUCUUUGUUUUAUUUGUUCUCCUGGGGAAACUACUAAAUUCAUCUGUUAACCAAUGCUAAAAAAGAUGCAUGGUGAUGUUGGAUUUAUUUUACUCUGGAAAGUAUUUUCGUUUUUUUGUAUUUGUUCUCCAGGUGAAUUUACUAAAUUCAUCUGUUGCAGAAAAAUGAAAUAUCUAAACCAGCAUAUUUUGUCUAAUGAAAAACUGACUUUGAUACCUAUCAAAUAUCCCUGCUUUAAAUGGUAGAUCCGUUUGCUGAGAGGAAAAUCCUAAAUGGGAUUUAUUGUGUCUAGUGAUGGUUGGUCUGUCAAUGGGUUAUCAGUUGCUGGAAUGAGAGAGGGUGUGUUGGGAAAGGAAGAGUGCGGGGUUGCAUAAUAGAUUUUUGCAUUAAUUGAUUUGGCAUAUAACAUACCAUGCAUAUAAGUUUCUAACUUAGCUUUGCUAGUUGAGUGCUGAAUUUUAUAUAAUUAGUAAAGUCCUGGGUUAUUCCUGACAUAAUUGGUUAAACCUUGGGCUAGUAAGUGAUAUGAAACAUGGCAUACUUGGAUCUCUGGCUAUAAACCUGGCUUUACUAGGUAAUAUUGAGUUCUACCAGUCCUUUUCUGGAGGGUUAAAUGUUUAUGAGUUCAAAGAACCUUUUCGUUAGACAAUUUAUUGAGAAUUAAACCACCCUGUAGUUUCUGAAUCACCUUUUAGGUUGGUCUUUAUCCACUUUCCGUAGUCUUUUCUCUUCUUUCCUUGUACAUUAUGUCACAAGGGGAGAAAAUACAGCAGUUGGAUCUUAAAGUUGUGACGUGUAUAGUAGAGAUCAUUAUUGAUCUUACAAAGGUUUUUGGCAAUAACAGGAGCUGCAUUUUGAGUGCAAAAGUAGUAAUCAAUUGUUACUGAAGCCAUGCUUGUCAAUGUAGCCUUCUUUUCCUGUUACUUGUCAAUAUGCUCCUCUACUGGUACUAUAUGCACAAACCAGCUCUGUUACAGGACCCUUCAGGAUCAUGUUUGCUAAAACCACAACUAGCUGGUAUUUGAUGAAUUGGGUUACAAACUUCAUUUAGGAGCACUUUGUCAAACUCCAUGCCUAGGUUUCAUCAGUGGUACUCGUGUCAUUUCUUUCCUUGCACUCAUUGAAAUUAAGCAUUUUCUUGAAUGAUGUUCCCUUGUCUUGAGUAACUUAUUGUUAGAACUUUGGGAUGUAGUUUUCCUUGAUUUACAAGAGGCAAUACUUGAAUGUUGGCUGUAAAUAAGAAUUUUCUUUAAUGUUGUUUGACAAUGAGUGAUCUUAUUAUAAGAGAAACAACAUGGUCAUUAGACUCAGUUUUCUUAAUUUUAUUUU